UCAGGUAACUCAAGUAUUAAAACCAAGUACUCUGAUAAUAGCUGCUGAUAUAAACACUCGACCUAAGGAAAAUACUGGUUUUUUAUUAUAUGAUGUUAAUUCUGAACUUGAUCCCCGAUAUCAAGAGGAUUUUGAUCAAGAGAACUUAAUGGGAAAAAAAUCUGAAUUUUAUGCUUUAGUUUCCAGAGAUAUUAUUAAAUCAAAAACUGCAGAAAGUAUUAAAGGGCGAUUGAAUAGACUCUUGAAAAAGUAUGGCAAAGUGAAAUGUCGCGAAAAUAUUUUACCUUCAUAUCUUUUAAAUAAAAAAUCAGGUUAUAUCAGUAAUAAAAUGGAUAAUAAUCAAAAUAUGAAGGGUGAGAAAGAUAAUAGAAAGGUUAUGAAUAACAUCAGUGAAACAAAAAUUAAAAUCUCUGAACAAAGAUUAGAAUUAGAACGAAAAAGAAUAAAUAAUAAUUUUAAACUUCAAUCACAAAAGUUGGAAGUUGAGAAGCAAAAAUGGGAAUAUGAGCAGGAACAAUCAAAGAUGCU